AUGUGUGAUUGCUGAUUGAUUCCCAGCUGGCCAGAGAGCAUGGACCAAGUUACGCAUGGACACUUGGUGGCCAUUGGCCUGACGGAUUAGAUUUGAAGCUCGUGGAUGGAAGUUUCCCCGGCCUGAUUAUGUCCCAAAACGAACCCUGUCCACCGGUGGCCCCACCUUCCGGGGGCAAAAAGCCCUUUGACAAGAAGAAAUGGCGAGAAAAUAAAUACUCCAAAAAGACUAAGGUCGAUCAAUGGAAAGGCCAACGGGAAAAGUCGCUCAAGCACCGUUAUUUCAAGAUGAUGCGCAAACACGACGGAGCCAAUGCCAACAUGGCUCCUUUGGGCUCUCCCAAACCGGCCUCAACCCUGCCAGCCGCUGACACGCCCUCCAACCCAGCCCUCGACCCAACUACAGCCCCGAAUAAGAAGUGGCAUUCGAUCAAACAAGCGAAACAAGAGUUUGAAGCUCGUCAACAGAAAGCUGAGAAACGCCAAAAGGCCGAAGAAAAGAAGAAACGACAAAUGGAGCGGGUGGAAGCCUUGAAACAGUAUCGACAGAAAAAGGCUGAGAAAUUCAAGAUUUUGAGUCAGAAAACGCGGAAAGGUCAACCUGUUAUGGCCGGCCGUUUGGAGUUACUUCUCGAAAAAAUCCAGGCACAAUCGAAUGAAUAAAAGAAAAUAAUUACCUUAAUGUUUGA